AUGUCUUCAGACACAAGUUCAUCUAGUUCUUCUAUUCAAUCAUCAAAGAAAAAAAGUCCAGCAGAGAAUCAAUAUGAAUUACCCGAUGUUUCUAAUCGAAAGCAAGCGUCAGUUAAAGAAAUUUCAAUAAGUUAUCUUAGACAUCGACUAUGCGUAAGAGAACAAUAUUAUGCUCGACUAGCCUUAGUCAGCAAUCUGAUGAGUUUUCUCGCUAUUGUAGGUGUUAUUCUAAUGAUCAUCGAAAAUGAAUUAACUUUUGCUCAUGUUAAUAAUAAAGAUACAAAAGUUAGCUGGUUUCUUAAAUUAAUAAUUACAAUUACCACGGUGAUUCUUCUUGUUCUCAUUUUUUAUUACCAUUAUUUAGAUAUGAGUCUUUAUUCUUUACGAAAUACACUUGAAGAUUGGCGUGUUGAAUUAACAAAUAACAAAAUAUUGCUAAUUAUACUUGAAAUAUCAAUUUGUGCAGUUCAUCCUAUGCCUCGGUCUUAUCCUCAAUUAGAUCCUGAAAAGCUAAAUUCAACUUCAAUAGAAUCUGAUUCAUCUUCACCAAAUCUUUAUUCUUUAUCGUACACAGCUGUCGAUGUUGGACUUGGUUUGCCAAUGUUUCUUCGUCUAUAUCUACUUGGUCGUUCCAUUAUGUUACAUUCACAUGUGAUUCGUGAUAUAUCAUUACGAUCACUUGGAUAUUUGAAUAAAGUAUCCAUUGAUUAUUUCUAUAUUAUAAAAACUUUUCUUGAACAAUGGCCAAGACGAUGUUUAAUUACCUUUUGUAUUAUUGUUUUUUUCAUUGGAAGUUGGUCUUUGCGUGCAUGUGACUAUACAACUACGAGAGAACAUCUAUCUAUGCUAGAGUCCAUGUGGCUCUUCAUUACGACAUUUACUACUAUUGGUUAUGGAGAUCUAUAUCCAUCGACAUACUGUGGACGAGGUAUUGCUACAAUAAUUGGCUUGAUUGGUCUUUUAUUAUCUGCUAUUCUUAUUGCUAUUCUUACACAAAAACUUUUCCUAACUCGAGAAGAAAAAUAUGUACAUACCUUUGUAUUAAAUACUCAAUUAGAGAAAAAACGUAAAAAUCAAGCAGCAAAUGUUAUUAAGUUUGUCAUUAAACUCUGGUAUUUAAAACGUCGAAAUAAAUCUUCAUCUAUUGAAUAUCUUUUGACUCAACGAAAAAUAUUUCGAUCGAUAUAUCAUCUUCAAAAAAUCAGACAAGAUCAACGAAAUUUAAUUGAUAGUUGUGUCAAUCUCACUGAUGUGAUGACUAUACAUCGUGAUACAAGUGUGCAAACUAGAGAAACAGUACAGCAAAUAGUGAUCAUUAAAAAUGAUAUAAAGAAAAUCGAAGAAGAAUUAAAGAAUAUUAAUUAUUGUAUGAAUACUUUACAGAAUACACUCAAUAUUUUAUUGGAUAGAGCCACGAAAUAA